AAAAUUCAGGGCAAGUGCGGCUACUGGGCCAAUUGCUACGCCCUGCUAUCUCCGGUCCUUUUCAGUGCUGCAUAGUUGUACAGUCCCACUCAGCCUGCUGAGUGUCCUGGCUGUCUGCGGCGCUGCUAGUGGCUGCUCCUUCAGUGUCGUCGUCACUUUGCAUUGACACUUGUCUAGCCGCUCACACGCUCACGCUCACACGCAGCACCCGCCGCCAUGCAUCCCGUCACCGCACCCAGUCUGCUCUCUCGAGCUUCGACUUCGUCUUCCUCUAUCCGUUCUAAUAUCUUGACCUGCUCGCGAUCUUCCUUCCGUCUCCAGCAGCGAUACCCGGCGCGUCGCUUCUACUCCUCCGAGCCCCCCAAGAAGCCUUCGGGCAUCAAGUUCUGGCCUUUUCUCGUGGUCAUCGGCGCUGGUAGCUUAGCUUACAAGGUCCUUAUCGACCAGAGAGCAGAAAUGGCCACCCUCCCCGCCCCGUCCCGCAAUGCCGCCCUCCCCUCCCCCCAAAAGUCAACCCCGACCUUCUCCGCCUCCGACGUGACCGUUCUCUUCGUUCUCGGCGGCCCUGGCGCCGGCAAGGGCACCCAGUGCGCCAGGCUCGUCUCCGACUAUGGCUUCACCCACCUCUCUGCCGGCGACCUCCUCCGCGCCGAGCAAGACCGUCCCGGCUCCCAGUUCGGCCAGCUCAUCAAAGACUACAUCAAGGACGGCCUCAUCGUGCCAAUGGAAGUGACUGUCCAGCUCCUCGAAAACGCCAUGACCGAGACCAUCAAGAAGCAAGGCAACAAGCGCUUUCUCAUCGAUGGCUUCCCCCGUAAGAUGGACCAGGCCAUCAAGUUUGAGGAGACGGUCUGCCCGGCCAAGCUGGUGCUCUUCUACGACUGUCCCGAGGACGUCAUGGAGAGCCGCCUGCUCGAGCGCGGCAAGACGAGCGGACGCGCCGACGACAAUGCCGAGAGCAUCCGCAAGCGCUUCCGCACCUUUGUCGAGACGAGCAUGCCCGUGGUGGACUACUACGAAAAGCAGGGCCGUGUCGUGAAGCUCGAUGCCACCCCCACGCCGCAGGACGUCUACGCCAAGACGCGCGCGGAGCUCAGCAAGCGUCUGGGCCUGUAAAUGGAAGGCUCGAGGGGACCAAUGUACUUGGUGAUUGCCGCGUAUGCACCGAUGUCCACUGUCACAUAGAACCCUGCCCGCUCAAGGGGAUAUCGAGCAGUCGAGAUUAUGCUGUCUUGGAAAUAGCCGCCUUUUCACCUCGGCGAAUAACAGGAAAGAAGCGCAAAAUACAUCUACAGGUUAGAGAGGAAAAAAGCAAACUCGAGCUAGAGUGCGAAAACGAGGCAGGGUUAUAGGAGUGUGCGUGGUUGGUUGUAUGGUCUGCUGCGUCGAUUUACGGCAGUUCGUAGAAGUUGGAGAUGGGUUCUUUAUCUCUCCCGAGAUCGAUUUUGUUUCCCCAUCGAAUCCUCCUUGUAAUAGUCAAUUGUAUACCUAGAAAAAUCUGCUACCUGAGUUCUUGAAACCAAGAGAGAUAAUAGAGGCUCAGAAACAUCAUAGACCCACUUGCUGCUGCUUAACACGAACGCGCCACUAGUGGCACCUUUUCGACACAAUGCAGAGUAGACCCGCCCGUGUGUGUUCAAAAGCAAUACAUAUGUAUCGCGAAUAUCUCGUCACGCCAGAUUUCAUUUCUGGAACUCUACCCCCUGAAUGAGAAGGCUAGUUGUCAACAUUUCGUCCGUCAUGUAGCCAAGUAAGCAGCUCGCCCUGUCGAAGAAGCUCGUGACAGAUCUGCUCGCGAGAAAAGAAGAAUGAAAAUAUUCUGCUGUACUUUGAAGAUGGCCACACACGUGCCACACUGCAGCAAGUACGGUGGGUAUGCCUUUUCCGUUUAGCGCCACCUCGCUUACCGCAUAAAUCGA